AUGAGCCCUCCGUCUCAUCCACGGAGAUACCGCAGAGAUGAGGUGUCUGGGCCCCAGCCCGAGAAGAGCGGGGGUGGUGUUGUGGGCAACGGCCACUAUAUCGUCGAGUUUGACGCCAAAACCGACGUUUCGGCCGCGGUCAAUGCCCUGGGCAAGGAAGACGGCAUCGACGUCGUCAAGGUGUUUGACAACGGCCUUUUCCGAGGCUGCACCAUCAAGGCACCGAAGAGCACGGUCGACUCGAUCCAAGACAAGGCCGUCGUGGCCAAAGCCUGGCAGUCCCGCAGGCUGACGCUCGGCGAGCCCCUGGUCCAGCGCCUGGGCGGCGAGCCUCAGCUUAGCAACUACUCCGUCCACGACAUGACAGGCGUCGACAAGCUCCACAAAGCCAACAUCAAGGGCAAGGGCGCCAUCGUCGGCGUCAUUGAUAGCGGGAUCAACUACCGGCACAAGGCACUCGGCGGAGGCUUCGGCAAAGGCUUCAAAGUCGUCGGUGGCCAUGAUUUCGCAGGCCAGACGACAUGGCCGAAGGCAGGCGAGGUCAAGAUUCCAGACGAGGACCCCGAUGACGCGAACGGCCAUGGCACUCAUGUCGCGGGUAUCAUUGCAGGACAGAGCGAGUUCUUCACAGGUGUAGCGCCUGAAGCCUCUCUCUACGCGUACAAAGUGCUUUCACCAAGCCUGAGCACCGACGACGAAACGCUGAUCGAGGCUAUGCUGAGAGCAUAUGAUGACGGUGUAGACAUCAUUAGCAUCUCGAUUGGCUCUAUGAACGGUUGGGCUGACAACCCUUGGGCUCUCGUGGCCGAUAGGAUUGUUGAGCAAGGCGUCCUGGUCAUUAUUGCGGCGGGAAACAAUGGCGGGCCGGGAGCUUUCGCCGCCGACAGUGGCAGCGCAGGCGUCAAUGUCGUAUCGGUCGCCUCCACCGAGCCAGAUGUCAUCCCCUUGCUCAAUUUCAAAUCGACGUUGACGCUGCCCGGGCGUGCGUCUGAGGAAAGGUGGAUUCCCUACAGAUCCCAUUUCGACUGGUAUCCGGCGAAGGUCAAGGGCUGGCCCGUCUGGCCCGUCUCUCUCGAUGCCCUCGACGACGAGGCAUGCGCACCCUUGCCGGCCGAUACGCCGGACCUGUCCGAGGUCGUUGUGCUUGUCCGACGCGGCACCUGCGAUUUCACGACCAAGCAGGCCUUUCUGAAGGAGCACAACGCGACACACAUAAUCGUCUACACCAACGAGAGACCAUUGGUUCAGCCUGGAGUGCAGGAGUCAAACCCCAACAUGGCCAUGAUACCCGCCGAAGACGGCAAAGCGGUUAUUGACGUUCUCAAGGCGGGCGGCAAGGUCACAUUUGACUUUGACGUCCGUCCUGACCUGCACACCACGUCGAUUUCUAACGCCAUCCGCCCGGGCCUUGCAAGUACCUUCACAAGCGUCGGGCCAGGCAACGACCUGGCUCUGAAGUCAGACAUCUCAGCCCCAGGAAGCACUAUUCUGUCGACAUAUCUCGGCGACGGCUAUGCUAUCUUAAGCGGCACUUCUAUGGCAACGCCGUACAUUGCUGGCGUGGCGGCCCUCUACGUCGGCCAGUUUGGCGGCCGCGCCAAACAGGACAAGAGCUGGGCUAAGAAGCUCGCCAUGCGCAUCAUCUCCUCGGGCGAGCCCAUCGGCUGGGACGAUCCUUACUCCGGCAGCGGCCUCUUCGACGCCCUCGCUCCCGUUGCGCAGGUGGGCACCGGUCUCGUCAACGCCUCGAAGGUGCUGGGCCAGGACACGAGCCUGUCGUUCACCAGGCCCAUCACGUACACGUUUUCGCAGCAGGACUACGGCGGUCUGGCCGCCGUCCGCACGGCGUCGCCGGCGCGUAUCGCAGACGCCAGUGACCUACUGGCAAACCCGCUCAAGCUGAGCCCGCGGGUCUCAUUCCCCCGCGCCGGUUUCACCGUCAAUCCCGGACAGACGCGCACGGCGCAGUUCAACUUCGCGCCGGUGGCCGAGGGCGCCGCGGCCGCGCCCGAGGCGCUCCCCGUGUACAGCGGCCGGAUCAUCAUCAAGGGCAGCAACGGCGACGAGCUGUGCGUGCCGUACCUCGGCCUCGCAGCGGACCUCAAGCGCGACGUGGGCGUCAUGUUCGAGCGCACCGCCGGCGUGCCGCUGAUUGUCUCGGGCCCCGCCAACGCCAGCAUCGAGACCAAGGCCAGCUUCACCUUCAGCCAGGACGCCGCGCGGCCGGACUUCCCGCGCCUCUCGAUGCGGAGCUUCUUCGGCACGCGCGAGCUGCGAUGGGACAUCUUUGAGUCGUCGUGGCGCGAGCGGCAGUGGGCAUACCCGCCGCGCGAGGGCAAGGCGGGCUUCGUCGGGUCCGUGGCGGCGUGGUCGUUUGUCGGCUCGGAUUUGAUAUUUGAGCCUGAUUCCGACGAUCUCUGGGAGAUUUACAGGUUUCCCCUGGUCAAUGUGCCGCGGACCAUGUCGAACAAACUGAAGUCCGAGUUUUCUUGGUUCGGCGAGCUGGGCAACGGGACGCGGAUCGCGCCGGGGCGGUAUCGCAUGCGGGUGGCCUCGUUGCGGCCGUUUGGCAAUCGCGCGGCGUCGGACAAUUGGGAUGUGUUUGAGACGCCGGAGAUUGAGGUGCUGCCGCUGAGCAAGUGA